UAGGGCCACGCCUAUGCUAAAGGUUGGGCCGGUACUUCCCCGAAAAUAAAGAAGCAGAACCGUCGGAGAGGAGGGUAAUUUCACCGCGGGGAAGACAGCAGGCAACACUGUGUUUGUUCACCUUUACCUCGACAUCUCGCUGACUUGCUGGUAGAAACCAUCAUGGGUGUAACUUCCUUCCUUCUAGUGAGCUGCCUCGGCCUCGCCAUUACUGCUCAAGCUCAAGACUGUUCCAAACCUGCCUCGGGACCCAACAUGACUUUGAAAGACCAAUACAUUCUUUUAGAGUCAUUCAGCGAUGGUACCAGAGUCUCUUUUAGAUGUAAUGUUGGCUACACACCUGCAGGAGGGUCUCCAUACAUUACUUGCACCGCUGGCAGUUGGAGUCGUUUGACCCUGAUAUGUGAAAGAAAGAGCUGUGGACCUCUUGAAGAAAAGCCAUAUACAUUAUACGAUUACAGUGAAGGGAUUGAAUUUGGUGAUAAAGUUGUGAUCACUUGCGCCGAGGGUUACGUGAUGCCUGGCGCAGAACAGAAAAAAGAACUGCUUUGUGGAGACCAAGGGUGGAUGGGCAGGCAGCCUGUAUGUGAAGCGGUGACUUGUGAUCCACCACCUUCAAUUGUGGAUGGCAGUUACAAUCCAAUAAGUGAGCACUAUUCCUAUAGAGAUGUUGUGCACUACAGUUGUCAAUCAAAUUUGGUACUUAAUGGAUCUCAAUCAAGAGCCUGUUCAGAAGAUGGAACAUUUCAGCCUGCCGCUCCAAAAUGUGUCAAUGUUGAAUGUAAAGAACCUGUUAUUCCAAAUGGUGAAUGGGUUGAUGGUUCUCGACCACCGCAUAAAUACCAGUCUUCAAUGACGUACAGGUGCAAAGAAGGAUAUAAAAUGGAAGGGUCGCCUAAUCUGAUGUGUGGAAUUAAUAGUCAGUGGUUACCUGGAAUACCACAAUGUAAAACGGUGACUUGUAUUCCACCACCUGAGGUUGUGAAUGGCACUUACAGUCCAAAGAAAUCACUCUAUGAAUACAAAGAUGUUAUACAAUACAGUUGUCUCACACAAGAUUUUAAACUCAGUGGAUCGAAUAAAAGAACAUGUUCACUUGAUGGAACAUUUAAGCCUGCCGCUCCGACAUGUGUUCUGGUUGAAUGUAAAGAUCCUAAGAUUGAAAACGCUGACCAGAUUGAAGGGUCUCCCCCUUAUAGACUAAACAAUAGGGUGACAUUCAAGUGCAAACCUGGAUAUGAAAUGAUAGGGGCGCCUACAAUGACAUGUGGUGAAAAUAAUGAGUGGACACCUGUACCAACAUGUAAAAAAUUACCAACCACAACAACUACUACUACUACUACUACUACUACUACAACUACCACCACCACCACCACCAUCACACCACCAAAAGGCGAUGGAUCCUCUACUAAAUCUUGGAUUAUCGCUGUUGUUUUGGGCAUGUGUGUCAUUGUUGUAGUGGGCGUGGUCAUCAUCAUCAUCAUCGUCGUCUGCAUCAGAAAAAAACGCGGGAGACACAUUCCUGUCAAGGAGGUGGCAAACGAGGAAGGGGUCGAGCUCUCUGGUCAGCACAACAAUCAUGUGGAUCCAUUACUGAGUUAAGAACUUUUGAAGAGGAUCAUCACUGGACUAGUCUUUGAAUGUACUCGUACCAUCCAUGUGCAUGUGGACAGCACAGGCUUGUGCAGCGUCCCUGGAAAAUAUGUUUCUGCACACCAAUCUGAAGUUCAGAUUAGUAUAACCACUUAUUCACAAUUUUUCUGUUCUGUAUAAUUCAUUUCAGUGAUAUUUUGGAUACCUUUCCUUUACAGCAGCAUCAUUUUUUUUUUUUUAUAUUGUAUAAUUAUGAAGGAAGGAGAUUUCCUGUAUAUCAAAGACGCAUAAACUCCACCUUAAUUUAAUCUUGCACUAUAGCGCAGAGUACAGCUCAGCGUGACCAAUAUAGGUCAGUUAUACAUAUGGCUUAAAAUAAGCUAAAUUGGUAAAGAACUGUUGCACAGUUCACUUUAAAGACAGCUGGCCCCUAAACAAUAAACCAGCCCCCCAGCUUUCUCGAUUCAACUUCCACCAUAACAGAAAUCGUAUAGUGGGACCUGUUAAAUAUUCCCGUUUAUAGUGCCUGAACAUAAGGCAUGGUCCUUAUGCCUUACUGUAGUGCAGAAAGCCAAGUGUUUUAGCUUGUAUGCCACUUUAUACAUUGCGUAUUAUGUCAUCCAAUUUGCUGGAAUAUUGUUUUGUUUGUGCACUGUUGCAUCUCCAAAUUGACUGACAGUUAAGUGUGAUCGGAGACAAACAUUAUGUUCUGUAGAUAUCUCACUGUGUCAGCUUCAGUUUUAACUCCUGACAAAGAGGAGGGAAACUUUGAAGUAUCAGGAUACAGAUCAUGUCUGAUGUUGAUUUAAGAUGUAUAGACUGUGAUUUUUGCACUUUUCUGGCUUUUUAGCUUAAUUUAUUGAAUUAUUUGUGUCACCAUUACAGUAACUGUUUUUGUAUAAUUUUGAAGGAGGUGUGUGUUUCUUCUGAAAAAAAAAGAAAAUAAAAAGGCUCACCA